UCGAGUGGCGGCGGUUCGGCAGCUCGGCGCCUCCUUUCCCUCCGGCGGCUUCCCCGCUCGCUGCCCAGGGCGCCCGGCCGCGCCCUGACACACGCGGCCAGCUCGGCUAUGGCCCGCGCCCCGCGACGUGGCGGGCGGGCACGGGGGCGCCGGACGGCGCGACCAGAGUGAGGCGAGGCCGCCCUCCCGCCCUCGGCCGGGGCCGCCCGGGAUGGCCGUGCCGCCGCUCCGCCGGGCGCUGCUGCUGUGGCAGCUGCUGGCGGCGGGCGGCGCGGCUCUGGAGAUCGGCCGCUUCGACCCGGAGCGCGGGCGCGGGCCGGCGCCGUGCCAGGCGGUGGAGAUCCCCAUGUGCCGCGGCAUCGGCUACAACCUGACCCGCAUGCCCAACCUGCUGGGCCACACGUCGCAGGGCGAGGCGGCCGCCGAGCUGGCCGAGUUCGCGCCUCUCGUGCAGUACGGCUGCCACAGCCACCUGCGCUUCUUCCUGUGCUCGCUCUACGCGCCCAUGUGCACCGACCAGGUCUCGACGCCCAUCCCCGCCUGCCGGCCCAUGUGCGAGCAGGCGCGCCUGCGCUGCGCGCCCAUCAUGGAGCAGUUCAACUUCGGCUGGCCGGACUCGCUGGACUGCGCGCGGCUGCCCACGCGCAACGACCCGCACGCGCUCUGCAUGGAGGCGCCCGAGAACGCCACGGCCGGCCCCGCCGAGCCCCACAAGGGGCUGGGCAUGCUGCCUGUGGCGCCGCGGCCCGCGCGGCCCCCCGGCGACGCCGCCCUAGGCGCCGCCGGCGGCACCUGCGAGAACCCCGAGAAGUUCCAGUACGUGGAGAAGAGCCGCUCGUGCGCGCCGCGCUGCGGGCCAGGCGUCGAGGUGUUCUGGUCGCGGCGCGACAAGGACUUCGCGCUCGUCUGGAUGGCCGUGUGGUCGGCGCUGUGCUUCUUCUCCACCGCCUUCACCGUGCUCACCUUCUUGCUGGAACCUCACCGCUUCCAGUACCCGGAGCGCCCCAUCAUCUUCCUUUCCAUGUGCUACAACGUCUACUCGCUAGCCUUCCUCAUCCGGGCUGUGGCUGGGGCCCAGAGCGUGGCUUGCGACCAGGAGGCGGGUGCGCUCUACGUGAUCCAGGAGGGCCUGGAGAACACGGGCUGCACCCUCGUCUUCCUGCUGCUCUACUACUUCGGCAUGGCCAGCUCGCUGUGGUGGGUGGUGCUGACCCUCACCUGGUUCCUGGCGGCUGGCAAGAAGUGGGGCCACGAGGCCAUCGAGGCCCACGGCAGCUACUUCCACAUGGCGGCCUGGGGGCUGCCGGCUCUCAAGACCAUCGUUAUCCUGACUCUGCGCAAGGUGGCAGGGGAUGAGCUGACUGGGCUCUGUUACGUGGCCAGCAUGGAUGCCGGGGCGCUCACGGGCUUCGUGCUGGUACCCCUCUCCUGCUACCUGGUGCUGGGCACGAGCUUCCUCCUGACCGGCUUUGUGGCCCUCUUCCACAUCCGCAAGAUCAUGAAGACAGGGGGCACCAACACAGAGAAGCUGGAGAAGCUCAUGGUCAAGAUUGGAGUCUUCUCCAUCCUCUACACUGUGCCCGCCACCUGCGUCAUUGUGUGCUACGUCUAUGAACGCCUCAACAUGGACUUCUGGCGCUUGCGGGCCACAGAGCAGCCCUGCUCGGCAGCCACCACGCCCGGCGGCUGGAGGGACUGCUCGCUGCAAGGGGGCUCAGUGCCCACCGUGGCUGUCUUUAUGCUCAAAAUCUUCAUGUCGCUGGUGGUGGGCAUCACCAGCGGCGUCUGGGUAUGGAGCUCCAAGACUUUCCAGACCUGGCAGAGCCUGUGCCACCGCAAGAUGGCAGGUGGCCGGGCGCGGGCAAAGACCUGCCGGGCCCCCGGGGGCUAUGGCCGUGGCACCCACUGCCACUAUAAGGCCCCUACCGUGGUCUUGCACAUGACUAAGACGGAUCCUUCUCUGGAGAACCCCACACACCUCUAGGGACACAGGCCUGCGUGGGGCGGCUGUUGCCCCCUCCUAGCCCCCCUCCGGAGGAGACAGCUGACUAGCAGCUGCCCAGCUGUCAAGGUCAGGCAAGUGAGUGCGAGGGGCCGAGGACCAGGGCGGGGAGACUCUCCUUCAACCCUCACGUGUCAGGACCCAGUGAGGCUCACUCCCCUGUCACCUAGUGCAAGGAGGUGGGCCUGGCUGAGUCCCCCGCAGGGCCCUGGGG